UAUCUAGAAGAUGUUCAGGAUCAAGAUAUUCGUCAAAAAUUGCAAGAAACUGUGGAUUUCAGACCGCCAUAUGCAUUUACAACUGAAAUAAAACAACGUAUGCAUAGGGAAGUUAGAUAUGCAAAUGGUUUUGGAAAGAUUAAGAAGGCCCUUAAUUUGGCACUUGAUUUAAACUGUGAAGAUGAAUUUAUUGAUAUGGUUAAUA